AUAAACAGCAACCUCUGCUUGCUGGAUAGGUAACAUAACGGUUAACAGCAAGAAAUAAAACGGGAAAAAUGAAUACCCUUAAAUUAGGCCGGUUUUUAAUAAAUAACAGUGUUCAGUGGGUUCAAACAAAUGGUCUCAAGUCCUGGACAGGUGGAAUUGAGUACGACGGCUUUAAAUAUUUCCCAAGGUUUCCUGAUCAGAAAGAUGAACCUUAUGAGCCAACCAAACUACUGAUGGUUCAGCGAAUAAAGCCAUUCCGAGGAAUUCCAUACUACCAUAAAAAAAUAUUAGUCGAAUUAAAACUUAAUGGGAAGGUCAGCGAUAUCGCUAUCGUCAAAAAUAUACCAGAAGUAGCGGAAACUUUGUACAAGAUCAAACACUUGAUUAAGAUCCAGCCCAUAAGGACACCGAACGGCCUGCCUGAUGAGGAAAAUCUCAGUGCAGGCUAUCUGAAGGAAAAUGGGGAGUUCUUGGUGUCCAAGACCCUCCGGGCGGAUUCAGAACGCCUCCAACUCACCCUGGACUUCCAGACCGAUCCUGCACGUCUGGACGCUGAAACGCUAGUAAAAGAUUCACGCAACAAAUGGCUUAACCCGUGGUAGAUAAUGUUUACUUGUUAUUUUUAAAGAAAUGAAUAUUUUUAUUGUAUAUUGUAGUAUUGUAAAUUAAUAAAAAAUCUUUUUCAUUA